AUGGCUGCAGAAUCACAAGAUGAUUCAUCCAAUGAAGAAUCCUCUACUGAUGAAUUGGAUAAUACUCUGAAGAAGAAUACGUAUGAGACUCAUGUUGCAAAUCUAAAUUUCUCUAAAUUUGAAAAGCAGCUCUUCAGUCGGCAAUCUGAAAUGAUGAGUCUUGAAAGACAAAUCAAUUUUGAUAAUCAUCGUGAGGUCUUGGAAUCAAUGGAAUUAUACAAGAAUCAGCUCAUUGAAAUUCAAGGAACUGCUGCUGAAAGAGAACAGUCCCGUAUCACCCAAGGUGAGCGCAGUAGAAGAGGCGAGGGUGUAUCAACCGGCACCAGAUCUAUGCGAGCACCAACCAACGAUGAAAAUCCAAGUUCAACCAAAAGAGGAGGAGGUCGAAGCGGUGGUGAUCGCGGAGGCCGAAGCAGUAGUGGUGGUCAUGGUGGGAAAUCUGGUAAUGAUCGAGGAGGUCGUUCCAGUGGUGAUGAUCGUGGUGGGAGAACAAGUGGUAGCGGUUGUGGUGGUCGUGCUCUUCCUCCGUUCCAAAACCUGCUAACUGAUGAAGGAAUAAGCGGUGGAGAUUUCAACUAUCCAAUCGAUCCUCGAGUGAAAAGGGAAGAACAAUGA